UAUCUUCUUGUCCACAAAUAUUGAGGCUUUGGUCGACCAGAGACCACCAAACAUGGCGGCCAUUCCUAAUCUCCACUUUUUCUUCUUCUUUCUGCUCUGUUUCGCUUCUCCGAUUCUCUCAGUCUCAUCAGAAUCUUCCGAUCGUCCAUCGACGUUUAUCAUCCAUGUGUCCAGAUCGGAGAAGCCCCCCCGCCUUACCUCUCGCCGGAGUUGGUACUCCUCCAUCCUGCGAUCUCUCUCCUCUUCCUCAACCCACGCUUCCAGAAUCCUCUACACGUAUGACCGCGCAGUCCACGGCUUCUCCGCCCGCUUGACCGCCGCACAAGCGGCGGAGCUCCGCCGUGUCCAGGGAAUCCUUGCCGUCGUUCCUGACCAGGCGCGUCAGAUCCACACCACUCGGACUCCUCAAUUUCUUGGUUUGACAGACAGCUUUGGCCUGUGGCCGAACUCGGAUUACGCUGAGGACGUGAUUAUCGGAGUUCUUGACACCGGAAUCUGGCCGGAACGUCCGAGUUUCUCCGACGAUGGACUCUCGGAGGUCCCCUCCGGUUGGAAAGGCAAAUGUGAGACCGCACAGGACUUCCCCGCUUCGUCUUGCAACCGGAAAAUUAUCGGCGCGAGAGUUUACUUCAGGGGAUAUGAAGCAGCGAUGGAAGAGGAAAUCGAUGAGUCUGCUGAAUCGAAGUCUCCCAGAGAUACAGAAGGUCACGGAACGCACACGGCUUCCACGGCUGCCGGAUCGGUGGUUGCUAAUGCGGGCUUCUUCCAAUACGCGAGAGGCGAAGCGAGAGGCAUGGCGGUCAAGGCCAGAAUCGCCGCCUACAAGAUCUGUUGGAGCUUGGGAUGCUUCGAUUCCGACAUACUCGCAGCGAUGGAUGAAGCGGUUGCCGAUGGCGUUCACAUAAUUUCUCUCUCCGUCGGAGCUAGCAGAGCGCCGCAGUACGACCACGACUCCAUAGCUAUCGGAGCUUUCGGAGCCGCUCAGCACGGCGUGCUUGUUUCCUGCUCGGCCGGGAACUCUGGUCCCGGUCCUUACACUGCCGUCAACAUUGCGCCGUGGAUUCUCACCGUCGGUGCUUCGACCAUUGAUAGGGAGUUUCCGGCUGAUGUUAUUCUCGGCGAUGGUAGGGUCUUCGGAGGUGUAUCGCUCUAUUCCGGCGAUUCGCUUGGCGAUUCGAAGCUGCCGUUGGUAUACGCAAGCGAUUGCGGAAGCAGGUAUUGUUACUCAGGAAGGCUCGAUGAAGCCAAAGUCGCCGGGAAAAUUGUUAUCUGCGAUCGUGGAGGCAACGCCAGAGUAGCCAAAGGAGCCGCCGUGAAAAGCGCGGGAGGUGUCGGGAUGAUAAUGGCCAACACCGAAGAGAGCGGCGAAGAGCUCAUCGCUGAUUCACAUCUCAUCCCAGCGACGAUGGUGGGACAAAUCGCCGGCGAUAAGGUCAGAGCGUACGUUAAAUCGGACCCUGCACCUACCGCCACGAUUUCGUUCAGGGGGACCGUUAUCGGCUCUUCGCCGUCGGCUCCAAGGGUUGCGGCAUUUUCGAGCCGCGGUCCGAACCUUCGGACGGCCGAGAUUCUCAAACCGGACGUGAUAGCUCCGGGCGUCAACAUCUUGGCCGGUUGGACCGGUUUCGUCGGCCCAACCGAUCUGGACAUCGACCCGAGACGGGUCGAAUUUAAUAUCAUCUCGGGCACAUCCAUGUCCUGCCCGCACGUUAGCGGGUUGGCCGCUUUGCUCCGAAAAGCCUACCCGGAUUGGUCCCCAGCUGCUAUCAAAUCUGCCCUCAUGACAACCGCUUACAGUUUGGACAACAACGGCCUCAAUAUUACAGACCUUGCCACUGGCGGCCAAUCAACACCGUUCAUCCACGGAGCUGGACACGUGGACCCGAACCGGGCCCUUAAUCCUGGCUUGGUCUACGAUAUCGAAGUAAGCGAUUACGUGGCGUUCCUCUGCGCCAUUGGAUACGAUGCGCGGAGAAUCGCAGUUUUCGUGAAGGACCCCGCUACGGUGGAUUGCGGUGCACGGGGCUUGGCUACUCCCGGCGAUCUGAACUAUCCAUCAUUCUCUGUUGUCUUUGAUUCGGAUCGAAGAAUGGUCAAGUACAAGAGAGUCGUGAAGAACGUGGGAAGCUCCGCCAAUGCAAUUUACGAGGCGAAAGUGGCUGCUCCACCGUCGGUGGAGGUGAGUGUUUCGCCGAGCAAGCUUGCGUUUAGCGAGGAGAACCAGAAGCUGGCCUAUGAGAUCACGUUCACGAGCACCAUGGCGUCGGAUAAGCUUAGUGUUGCUUCGGAGGGAUUCGGUUCAGUCGAGUGGACCGACGGGACUCAUCGAGUGAGAAGCCCGAUCGCGGUGACUUGGCGGCAGGGCUCUGCGGCAGCGGCGAUGUGAGAUAGACAACUGGAUGGUUCGAUAAUUGCAUGCAUUAGGUUGUUGGAGAUUUGAUGUUGCUGAGAAUUCAUUUGGAAGCUUGAAAAGAUUUGGGCGUCAUGCGUACCGCACUGAUGAUUUGUUGUAUUGCAUCUCAAUUCCGUUCUAUUUCUAAUACGGCCAGUUGACUCUAGCGGCAGGACUUGUUUGGUUGGUGCAGAAAAAGAACAUUUGAAUAGAGGGCAAUUUUCGCUUUUGAUUCUAUAUUUGUUCACGUUAUUUGCAAGGGGCCUACUGUUUUAAUUUAGCAUUUGGGUUCUUAUAGUUUGAUUUUA